AUGGGUCAGUCUCAGUCCACCGACAAUGCCACAGGCCAGGUUGAAAAGGAUUAUGAAAUCGACGAGCUAGACAGCAAACAGCGCGAAGAUUGGAUCCGCUGGAAGGGCAACGAACACGCCAUCAUCCCGCAUACCGAUGCCGCCGGCGACCAGUAUUGCAUUGGCGAUGCGUACGAGGGCAUCAAGACCAAGGACCAGUGGGAGAUCCUCAACCCAGGCCCGUAUCUUCAAUACAUCAAGCACCUCUCCAAAACAUGGCCACAUCUGGAGUAUUUGGGUCAUUGGAUGGAAGUGAGUGCGGCGCCACCGAAGUGGAGAUAUCUCCAACAUUUCCCCGUCGAGCGCGCCAACCGUGCUAAACGAGUCAACGUUUCCGUGAUUGACUACACCAACAAUGAGGCCAAGCUGCGUGACUUCGACGAUGCGGCGCAGCUCAAGGAAGGCCUCGAUGCCGCACCGCAGUCAACCGAACAUGCGCAGGUACGACUCAUAGUCGCAGAGGAUCUAAGUCGCGACCUCGUGGAUACGCUUGGAUCGUAUUAUGACAUUGACCCACUCUUCUUCCUCUCGCAUAUCGGCGACUAUCUCUUCCACAACACUAGAGAUCCUUGGGCGGAACUGCCCAGUCUCGAUCUAGAGGCCCGACAACGGCCUCAUUUCUGCCUGCAGUCUUUGCGCGGCCGCUACUUUGGCAAUGAGACAGACUUCGAAAAGGCCGAAUUCGAGAGCGGCACGUUCAACGUACUCCGUCGUCUCGACAGUGACCGAAGCCGCAAGAGGUUGCAGGAUGGUCUGUUGGACCGCAAGAACGCGAGCGUUGUCCUCACGCGGUCCAAGACCUCGUUAUGGGUCAAGCCUAGGAAACAGGGUGAGCCGGUGACUGCCAUUCUCCUUGUGGACCCAACCGUCAGCACAGGCAACGCUCUCUGGGGUGGCUAUCGUCCUUUCGAUCCCACACCAUCGAUGGCACAAUGGAAGCAGGAUCCCGAGAAAGAAUUUGAAGCCCCAAAACGUGUCAAAUUCUUCGACGACAUCAAGUACUGGUGCGGAAGAUUAAGCCCCCAAGACUUGGACCUCGUCAACCAUGACCCUCGAUGCAUCGCCCUUCCAGUGUACAAGAUGAUCCUCGCCGACUGGCUCACCACCCUCAAGUACAUGAUCGCCCAGCUCGGUAAGAUUGAAUGGGAGUUCGAGAGACCUCACUGGGGCGAAAAGCCCAGCGACAUCGACUCUUUGCUCAAAAAGCUGUCACCAUGGAGACGCAAUGUGGGCUACUAUCAGACCAUGAUAGGAGAAGCCAUCGCCCGCCUCUACCCACCAGAAGUACGAGCGCCUCUCCACGCUCUAGGCGCAACCAGCGUACCCAACGGAACCGACCCGGCAGCGGCACACUUUUACAUACCCGAUAACCACGACAACGGCGUCUCCGCCUUGUGGGUCGACUUCCGUAACGUCAAGCGCCAAAUCGACGAGAUCCAAGUUCGACUAAAGAGCAUCGAGACCAUGGCGACCAACGGAAUCAACAUCGAAGAGUCCCGCCGCGCCGUCAAACAAAACAAGAACCUCGCCCGCCUGACCUUUUUAGCCACCAUCUUCAUCCCCCUCAACUUCACCUCCAGCUUCCUCAGCAUUUCCCCCGAUUUUGCCUCAGCCCAUCAAUCGAUCUGGCUGUUCUUCGCCAUUGGUAUCCCCGUUACCCUCCUAUCGUUGGCUGUGUACAGAAAACAAAAGAAACGAUUCGGACCGAAGAAAGAGUCCGAGCGUGCCAUAGACGAACGACGACGGGAACAGCGGCCCCCUUUGAAGAAGAUGCUGACGACGGUGCCUUGGUUGAAUAAUACUGAGCGACAGGAUACGAGGUUGGAUUGA